AGAUUAUCCCCUAUAGGCAAGAGAAAUGAUUGCCAAAUAAGGGUCCACUUGGACCAACAAGGAAGAGAACGGUCACGUGGUCAAAACUCACGCCGCGUGCCAGAAGUUUCAACGACGGACGUUCAACGGUCUCGCGUUUAGUGCCAUGGCCGAAGCUCGUCCAGCAUGGAUGACGGACGAUUUAGACGAAGAGUGGAUAGAUGAGGACGAAGCCUCGUCCAUGGGCACUCAGUCCAUCUCUCUCACAACUCCGUUACCUGGCUACCUCCGAACUCCAAGUCAAGCUCAGGAAGACACUGAGCCACUUCCCAUAGCACCUGAACCGGUCGGUACGUUUUUGAUCCGCGAGGAUAUACCCGCUUCAGCUCUCUUACCAAAAACACCGAGUCGACAACCUAAGAGAGGCAUCAUCAAAGACUUCUUCAGUCCUUUAGCACUCGAGAAAAUGUUCGAGCCACCUUCACCACCUCCUUCGAAGCCAACUGCACUUGCACUUCAGUGUGCCCCGACAAUUCCCUCUCGCCUAUGUCAAGCAUACACGCCAAAUGACUCACAGACUGACCUCGAGCUACCAGGCAAGCCCACGGCGGUGCCCUCCCUUAAUUCAUUCGCGCCGCCCGGAUCUAGUAUGGAGUGCAAAUUUACUUUUGCUGUUCCUCGCACCAAUAGUAGUGUUCCUCAGGCAGAAAGCACGCCAGGUGUUUACAGCAUCGCACGACCUCCCAUGACAGACCCACGCCUACGCCUUUUUCAGCUUCAGUACGACACAUUCACGCGUGAUCACUUGUCGGCAAUGGUCGAUUCAAUAGCAAUAAAUACCCCCUCUGGUGGAAGCGCAGAAGGCAAUGGUUCUACCAGGAGCAUCCCACGCCCAGGAUUGGUCAACGUGCAAGAGGCGACCGUAUCAGAUGACACACCUAUUCGCAGCAUCAAACGGGUCAAACUUAGCCCCCCAAGCCACUAUUAUGGUGAAGGUGAUGGCGCAGGUGCUACAAUCGCGAGGCCAAUGGUCUCAAGGGUAGACUAUGUUGGCGAGUCGCGUUCCCUCAUGCAACAGAUCAAGGCCGCACGCGAUUUCUCUACGAUAUCCACUGCGGCAGAUACACAAUACCCCGAAAGCAAAGCGCAUGAUAGAGCUGAGGCUCUUCAGGCGCAGCCCAACCCCUCAGGGACUGGUAACUCUGUCCUUCGUGUCCCUGAUGAUCGCAGUUCGGUUACUACAAGUUCAUCUACAGCUGUGACUGUCCCCAGUAAUCAUUCGUCUCUGGCAUACCGCCAUCAAGCAGCGACCCUGAUGCAGCAGAUCAAAAACGAUAUCCGAGGUUCUAAACGUCUUUUCUCGGGUGCCACCGACAUAUCCCAUCUCACCCACGCUGACGAUGUUUCACGUAUCGAACGCUCGUGCGACAGUGUAUUCUCUGUGUCUCAAGUCAAUGUUGGCAAGAAGAAAGCCAAUAAGUUCGGGUCACCCCGCAGGCCGUCAUCUUCCUCCAAGAGCUACCGCAGUCCCCGGAAAGUGUCACGCAAUACCAUCAUUGAGGAUAAUGACCGAACGUUGGAGCACGAAAUGUCCAAUAUGUCCAUUGAAGCACCCUGGCAGCAGCCAGUUACAUGCGUGUCUGUCACACCCAACACGGGCUUCAAUAGCAUCCCACACAUUCGGGUGACUCCUUCGACAAGUCAGCAAUCUAUGCCACAUCCUCCUGAACAGAUCCCUUCUUCGUAUCCCUCGUCCUCGACCCGCUCUGGCCCCAACGAGGACCUUAACAGGAUGGUGUCCUCUAGCACAGCUUCCGGAACCAUAACCACGACAAGCAGUGCACCCUCGUUCGUAAAACACGCCGGUCCAGUUCAGAUCACCCGCAUCGCGCCAUCGGAUGUACCAGCUCUCCCACAAAGAGUCGGCCGUAUGGUCUACGACAAGGAUCUCAUGAAGUGGGUGAGGGUCGCUACUCGUGCGGCCUCAGAUGCUGAGGACCAACGCAAUCAGACAACUUACACCGGCACAGAUGGAGAUAGUGAGGAUCCGUUCAAAGACAUAGAGAGCCUGAAGGAAGACGACUCCAGGGAUACGCAUGGGAGUGCGCACAUAAAUGUUGAAGGUGAGAUCCCUGAAGCUGGAGGAGAGCAAGGUCAAAUGGAGAACGGUCGCAUCGAGGAGGACGUGGAGCUUAAUGAUCAGGAAGAACUUGACCUAACAUCCUUUUCUUUCGACGGACUAUCGGUCGCGGUUGUCCGCGUUGUGCCAUCGAAUGAUUCGGAAGGAGGGGAAGAAGUACAGACAAGCGAUUCCGAAUCAGACGAACGCCGUGGAGUUGCGCUGGGGGUUGAAGGCAGGGACGCUGCCGCAGUCUUUGAAUCGGAGGAUGAAUGCUCGCCUGAACUGCAAGCUCCUUCGCCCAUCCAGCCUGCUUCGAACUCUACUGCGGUAGCUACGCCAGUUGCGCUACAAUAUCGGUCAUUAUCGCUUACUACUCCGAUGCCCCGCUCGGCCCUGAAAAGCACGAGCGUCACUCCUGUGUCAGCUAUGAAGGAUCCGAGCCGUGAUCGCCAUCGUACUCCAGCGCAGCGACUUGGUCACUGUCGCUCCGUAAGUUUUUCUGAUGGGAAGAGGGAUGGGCCUAUACGGGGCCUGAACACAAAAGGCCACGAGAGCGAUGACGAUGCGGGUAGCCUAGCUACGAGCAUUUCAGAGGAUGACCCUGCACAGGGGCUAUUCAUACCCUCGGCAAGGUCCAGACGCUUGGCGGAGAUGAUGCAGAACCUAGAAAGCCCUGACGUCUCCCCCACGAAAUCGUCAAGUUCGGGCCGUCCAUCGACAGAAGAACUUCAACCCUUUGCUUCCAGGCAGCCGAGUAGUCAAAUGGCUAUCGCCGAUUGCAGUGGAUCGACCCGUCGUGCUUUCUCAACGUCACAAAAGAGUCGUUUAAGUGGGAAGGAUCAGAAGACAAACGCUACUUUCUUGACUGAGUGCUCCUUUGGCUUGGCGCAUGACCGACUCGUGCAGGUGAUCACUGACGUCCAGCCAUUUGAGCCACACUGGGACGAGCUGCACAGUAUUGACCUUUCUCGCAAGUCGUUGGAUGGUGUGACUCGGCUAAAGGAGUUUCUACCGAAGCUAGAUUCUCUAGUAUUAAAUCAUAAUCAGCUGUCAUGGCUGAGCGGCAUUCCCAACUCUGUGCGGACGCUUUCUAUCGCUCACAACCUAUUGACAGGUGUCACCUCAUUUGGUCACUUGCAGAAUAUUGAAAGCCUUGACAUAAGUCACAAUGACAUCGACUCUUUGACACAACUGCAGUGUCUUCGACACUUGAGGGAGCUACGAGCUGAUGGCAAUCGCAUUACCAGCAUAGACGGCCUUCAGAAAUUGGAUGGGCUGACCAAGCUUAGUAUACAAGGCAACCAAAUUCAAGAAGCCGAUUUUGCCAAAUGUCGAUGGCCGCGUUUAGAGAUGCUAAAUCUGAGCGGCAACUGUAUUUGCAGUAUCUUGAACUUGGCAUCAAGCCUACCUGCACUAAUUGCGCUCAAUGUCGACAAUAAUACAGUGGACAGUAUUGAGCCUGGUGGCAUAAUGCCAAGGCUACGCAUCCUUCGAGCUAGCGGCAAUCGACUGAGGCGCCUGAACACUGCCCCAUUCCCAAACCUCCGCACGCUGUACUUGGACAACAAUUUUCUCGACACUCUCGUAAAGGCGGAACGCCUUAGUAAGCUAGAGAAUCUUAGCAUGCGAAAUCAGGCUUCUUGCGGAUUCUAUCUUUCGACCCGCCAGUUCCGAGAUGUAAAGCGACUAUACCUUUCUGGCAACAAACUCAAGAGUGACUUUAUCGACGAACCCUGUUACAAUCUGCUGUACCUUGAGGUAGCCGCUUGCCGGCUGACUUGUCUCCCACAGGACUUGGCGCGUCUAACGCCGAACCUGAGGGUUCUGAACCUCAACUACAACUUUUUGAAUGAUGCGCUCUCCCUGGAGGGGCUUACCAGACUUAGGAAGCUCACUAUGAUUGGUUCGCGUUUGAAGGGGACUAGACAGCUGAUCCGCAUAUUACAGCGUAUGCCUGAUGUGGAAAUGCUCGAUUUCAGGAUGAACCCCUGUACGCUUGGGUGGUAUUUGCCAGUUGUGGUGAAAGACCUACCAGGGGCACUACAACCAUGUGAGGACAGGGGUGAGAAGGGAAGUACGGAAUACGGAUGGCAAGAACUGGACUCGAAGUUCCGUCGGGACCUCCCGGAUGAUGCAUAUGUCGGCCGCCUUGCGUAUCGGGGGUUGAUCAUGCGAGCAUGUCCCAGGAUAGGGAUGUUAGAUGGGGUCGAGGUUUCGGAGAAGGAACGGACGAAGGCUGAUCAACUGUUGCAGGGUAUGAUGGGGAAGAGUAAAAUUAAGGGGAACAAGGGGAAGUCAGGGACGACAGUAGUAAGCGGCGCUGGUUGCACCAAGUGAUUAUUUCCAGUGCAUUCAUUGUGGGAUCACAAUAUAUCAUAAUCUUGGUACAUAGGUAUCCUGGAAGAAAGUUACGUGAGUGGAACGGGAUGUUAGAAGCUGAUGCUGAGACUUGGAAUUGUCGAUCUCGAAGAAGGGUGUUUGGUAGUCGAUGCGGAAGGCCGUCAUCGGAACUAUGGAACCAAUUGUGGAAGGCAACCGACCGUUGGCGGUGCAAAGAAACGUAAGUGAACCCUAUUGGAACGGCCCUAUGAAGUCCGCGCAUGAAAUAGUGC